AAUAAUGUUUAUUAAUAAUUGAAGAACACUGUUGCACGACUUGAACGCAACUUCACCGGGAACUGUUGACAUUACGAUGGUGUCCGUUGUGGAGGUGCUGUGUCUGCUGCUGGUCUCCGUGCUGUGGGGCUGCACCAACCCCUUCCUGAAGAGAGGCACCGAGGGCAUCGAAAAUGUGACGAGCACCAACAAAGUUUUACAGCUUCUGGCUGAAGCCAAGUUCCUGUUCCUCAAUUUCAAGUACCUGGUCCCAUUCCUUCUGAACCAGAGUGGCUCUUUGGUUUACUAUUAUACUCUGGCCACCACAGAUUUGUCCCUGGCUGUUCCUGUGGCCAACUCGCUCACGUUCCUUUGCACCUUGCUCACCGGCAGGUUACUAGGUGAAGAGUUUGGAGGUGCACGGGCUGUUGCAGGGAUGUUUCUCACCAUGGCUGGCAUCACUCUGUGUGUCAUCAGCUCUGUCGACAACAAAGUGAGCCCUUUGAAACAGAACACGACCCAGGCCGCACACUAACGGCCUGCCUUUGAUCUCGCCAGAUCAGGAUUUAAGUGAAUUCUCAUGUACCCUCAGCGAGUCAGUAGACGGGCGAGGAAAGACGGCAUGAGGACUGUAGGGGAGAAUUUAGAUUCAGGUGGCGAUGCCAUACGGCCAGCCGGAGAAUUGUGCCCAAAGUGACCCGGUAUGAGCCUCAAAAAGGCUGUCCAGAAACUCCCAUGCUAAGCUGAAGGGAACAGGGUUCACAGAGGGUUCACCUUAGAGCUGGACUAGAUUUACGGCCCUUGCAUUGAAAUCUCUGGCUGUUAAGUCCCGCUCCAAAGCACUCUGCUGCCCCAUGUCACUGGCAUCUAUACAAACACUAUAGAAACCACAUACAAAUACGGUUAGGGUUGGAAAUGGACCAAUUAAAUCUUACCUCCCAGACUCACAGGGUAUUUUACUGCAGCAAUCUCCUGUCGACUGGUGUGUGUGUGUGUUUGAAAGAGCAGAAUAGGAGAGAGGACAAGUUGCUGAAGAUAAAGCUGUUUUUUAUUCACCCAGUUUUCCUCCCUUGCUGCUCUGAUGGUGAUAUAUUUCCAAGUUAUAUAUACCACUGUCAUUUUCUGAUGUUCUUUGUGAAAAAAGUAUGACGAGGAACUUAAAUACAAAUGAGACUCGCUAAGUUGCUUUACAGUGACUGUGCUCUAUGUGCUGUAAACAUGUGUUCAUAUAGAGAGUUUUAUUUUGGAAAAUUCUUGUGUAGUAAUAUGUUUUUUUUUUUUUUUUUUUUUUUUUUUUUUUUUACUGUCACAGUCCUUAUAUUUAAAAAAAAAAAAAAAAAACAAGAUACUGUACAGAUGACAUUGUUAUUGUUUUAAUAUGUCCAGCUUGUAUGGCAUUAAUAAACAUGACUCUUCACCUGG